AUGUUACCACCUCAGAAUGCCGCCACUCGCCCCAAAUCCUUGGUCGAGUCGGUGACUCCGGACCAAGCCCCGAGGACGGCACCUACAGCACGUCCUCCCAAGCGGGACGGUGGUACCAAUGCAGAGUCUAUCACUCCGUCCUUGACUGACACUCAAGGAUCGGGGAGCCAAUCCGAUGCAUCUACCCCGUCGGUCUUCCCCAUCUUCCGCCACCCUCAACAGUCUCCUCCCUCCGUCCCGGUUAAGGUUGAGGAAUUUCUAAGUUCUCUUUCCCCUGGUGAUUUUUUUGGCGAUGAUCACAGAUGUCAUCUACAGUCGUCGACUCGCCUUGUCUUUCAGAACGUCAAUGGCAUUCCAGCCUUAGCGACCGGAUGGAAACAACAACAGAUUAACCAGUGGUUGAAAGAAGAACAAGUGGGGAUUGCGUUGUUGGCGGAGACCAACACACACUGGCCUUCCCUUCUGGAAGGUCAACACUGGAACGAUAGCAUGCGACAAGUAGCAUCUAAGGGAUAUUAUUCGGUCGCGGCGCACAAUGAGAACCGAGCUCGUCUCAUGGCCUCGUGCUCGCAGUACGGUGGAUGUGUGGCAACUAUCUUGAACUCAGUUGCCCACUGUGCAAAAUCUUUUGGUCGGGACCCCACUAAAUUGGGCAGGUGGGCAUAUGUACGCGUCCAAGGCAAGAAGUUUGCAAUGCCAACACCAGACGAUCAAGUUCGCGAAGCUUCCGAUGCUUCAAGGAGUCGGUUCUCUAGGGAUUUGGCUGUGGUGUCUGCGUACCGACCUAACCCUCCGGGGACUGGGGAGUCUACAGUGUGGGCACAACACCAGAGUUUCUUUCGCUCCCAAGGUAGACUGCGUGAACCAAGGGAGGCCUUUAUGGUGGACCUACUUCGAGCCAUCACCCAGUGGCGCGAUGAAGGAUGUGAUGAGGACAUCAGCUCCACUAAGUCCUCUUCUUUUUGA